AUGAAACAGUUCAAAGCAAUCAUCUCCAAGCACAAAUCCAGCCAGACAUCGUCUUCCCAACAAGUCACUCCAAGCACUACACCUACUAAUAAAUCACCAGCCACAACCCAAUCCAUCGUCAUGUCUUCCGCUCCGCUCUCAGGCAAAGUCGCCGUGAUCACCGGUGGCACAAAAGGUAUUGGCGCAAGCACAGCAAUGCUCCUAGUCAAACUCGGAGCCAAAGUCGUGGUCAACUACGGCCGCGACAGCGCCGCAGCCGAGAAAAUCGUCUCGCAACUCGGCAGCGACAAGGCAUACGCCGUACAAGCUGACGCAGGCUCGGUCGCGGGCGUCGAACACCUGGUACAAGAGACGGUCAAGAAGUAUGGCAAGAUCGAUAUCCUGAUCCCCAACGCCGGGAUCCUGCCCAUGAAGACGGUGGAAUCGACCACGGAAGAGGACUUUGACAGGACAUUCAACCUCAAUGUCAAGGGGCCCUUCUUCCUCGUGCAAAAGGCCCUGCCACACAUGGCGCCGGGAAGCAGCAUCGUGCUCAUCUCCACGACGCUAUGCCACGCCUCGGUCGUCCAAGGACCCUACACGCUCUACUGCACGACAAAAGGCGCCAUCGAACAGCUGACCCGCUUGCUCUCCAAGGACCUGCUCGCCAGCAAAGGCAUCCGGGUCAACGCCAUCGCGCCGGGCCCCACGGCCACGGACCUCUUCCUCGAGGGGAAGAGCGAACAAGUGCUCAAGAUGCUGGCGAGCUUCUCCCCAGCCAACCGGCUCGGCAAGCCCGAGGACAUUGCCGAGGGUAUCGCCUUCCUGUGCGGGCCGGGCUCCGGCUGGGUGAGCGGGCAGACGAUCAGGGUGAAUGGCGGUUUCGCUUAG